GAAAAUGAUAAAUUUCCUCUACUUUUUUGCUUACCGUUGUAUCUCCACCAACUUAGUUCUGCUGCUCGCGAUCCACACACUAAGAAGUUCAUCUUCUCCUAUGUGAUAAUGCUUUGAAAGCUAUUCACAGUGAAACAACUAUUGAUUUUAGAAGCCUAUCUUCGAGUGUGGUAGCUUUAUUUUUUAUUUUUUUCACUUUUUCCUCAAAAUUUGGCCAUGAAUCCGAUCAUUCUCUAUGUCAUUUCCUCAUUGUUUCUCAAUUCACUUUUUCUGGGAGUUGAGCCGGCAAAACCCAACUCCCAGAUCAUUGUAAUGGGUUUUGUUUAUUGUGACAUCUGCUCCAACAACAGCUUCUCCAGACACAGCUACUUCUUACCAGAUGCAGAAGUCAGAAUAGACUGCAAAUUCAAAGCCAUCUCCCGGAAAACCGUAGAACAGAUAUCAAUCUCAGUGAAUAGGACUACAAAUAAGCAUGGAGUUUACAAGUUGGAAAUACCAUCGGUUGAUGGAAUUAAAUGCGCAGAAGAUUCUGCAGUCGUUUCUUCCUGCAAGGCAAGCUUAACCUGGACUUCAUCUUCUUCAUGCAAUAUUCCUGGUUACAUGAGUACUACAUCUGAUCAAAUUGCAAUCAAAUCAAAACAGGCCAAUAUCUGCAUCUACAGCUUGAAUGCGUUGAAUUUUAGACCACCCAAGAGAGAUAUCACUUUAUGUGGAACCUAAAUAGAAGUCUUCCCAAGCUCUUAAUUCCCAGUUGUUUCCACCAAUUUCCCCCCCGCACCCCCCCCCCCCCCCCCCCAAAACCCCCAACCCCCUCUCUCCUCUCUCUCCCUAUAUGGUUUUCCUCUGCCUUAUUCCUGUAUAAUGCAUAAACUCCAUGCACUUCCUUUGGUUGCUUCUCUCUCUUCACAAUAUUUCUCCUUCAAAAUGCAUCCUAAAACCAUCAUAAAGAAUCCGAGAAACCCAAAAUACCUUGGACACCUUCUCUUCUCCCAGCCCAUGAUUGAGAUUAGUCUUACAUUUUCUUUACUGCAUUAUGUUCUGAUUGUUUGACUUUAACUGUAUGCCCAGAAAAUGUAGUGCGUGUAUAGUAUGGUUGAAAGAAGAAACUCGAUUGUCCAGUGUGUUAUUAGACUAUUAGGUGUCCUUGUUACCUGAACGAGAUGUAAAUUAAGUAAUGACAUAAUGAAGGGCCCUAUUUGUGAAAACAA